AGCUGCCCACAGACGCAGACAUCUCUCUUGAGUUCAGAGAGAGAAAGGAGAGAGAGAGAGAGAGAAGAGUUGAUGGGCUGUCGGUUUUGAGGUCUGAACUGAACUGGGUCGAUUUCAAUUCCGUUAAUUCUUGCAGCAUUGGAACUCUUUCUGUUAUCUCUCAGCUCUGAAUUGUGCUGAUCGGGUUUGAGAUUGAAGGGGUUUUCAGGGCUAGUGAUAUACUGUAGUGGAUAAUUUUGUCGGCGGAGAUUGCAAGCCGUAAAGCCUAGAUCUUGAGAGAUUAUUUUGCUUUAGGGAAGAAUUUGAAGGUUCUUGGCAUGUGGAUUCUGCUCACAUUGCGUGAGGAUCUGGAUUUUUGAGUGCAAAUCCAGUGGCUGACAUUUGAAGCUAUUUAGUCGACCAUGGAAUCAGAAGGAGAAACUAAGGGGAAGGUCUUGAAGAAUUUAGGUGGGCAGGUUUGCCAGAUCUGUGGUGAUACUGUUGGCAAAACUGUGGAUGGGGAGCCAUUUGUUGCUUGUGAUGUCUGUGCAUUCCCUGUAUGCAGGCCAUGUUAUGAAUAUGAGAGGAAGGAUGGAAAUCAGUCUUGCCCUCAGUGCAAAACCAGAUACAAGAGACAUAAAGGAAGCCCUGCAAUUGAUGGUGAUGGAGAGGAGGAUGGUUCUGCUGAUGAUAAUGUAAGUGAUGUUCGUUACUCUGCAGAAACUCAAAAUGAGAAGCAAAAGGUUGAGCGCAUGUUGAGCUGGCAUAUGACUUACGGACGUGGCGAAGACGUUGGGUUACCAAAAUAUGAUAAAGAAGUAUCCAACAAUAACAUUCCUUUGCUAACAAACGGAACAGAUGUUUCUGGGGAGUUGUCUCAAGCAUCUCCUGGACGCCUGUCUAUGGCAUCGCCAGGCCAUCCUGGUGGUGUUAAACGCAUCCAUCAACUUCCUUAUGGGUCUGAUGUGAAUCAAUCACCUAAUAUACGGGUUGUGGAUCCUGUAAGAGAGUUUGGUUCUCCAGGGUUGGGAAAUGUUGCCUGGAAAGAGAGAGUGGAUGGAUGGAAAAUGAAGCAGGAGAAGCACGUUGUUCCGAUGACUACUAGCCAUCCUCCUUCUGAAAGAGGAGUGGGAGAUAUUGAUGCGAGCACAGAUGUGUUGGUGGAUGAUUCUCUACUGAAUGAUGAAGCUCGUCAGCCUCUUUCGAGAAAGGUUUCUAUUCCAUCAUCCAGGAUUAAUCCUUACAGGAUGGUUAUUGUCCUCCGGCUAGCUAUUCUUUGCAUUUUCUUGCACUACCGAAUAACAAAUCCUGUGUCCAGCAUUCCUCUUUGGCUGAUGUCUGUGAUAUGUGAGAUUUGGUUUGCUAUAUCUUGGAUUUUGGAUCAGUUCCCAAAGUGGCUUCCUGUUAAUCGAGAAACAUACCUUGACAGGCUUGCACUUAGAUAUGAUCGUGAAGGGGAGCCAUCUCAAUUAGCUGCUGUUGAUAUUUUUGUCAGUACUGUUGAUCCUCUGAAGGAGCCUCCUCUUGUUACAGCCAAUACUGUCCUGUCCAUUCUUGCAGUUGACUAUCCAGUUGACAAGGUGUCAUGCUAUGUCUCCGAUGAUGGUGCAGCUAUGUUGACAUUUGAAGCUCUAUCAGAAACAUCAGAAUUUGCAAGAAAAUGGGUUCCUUUCUGCAAAAAGUACAGCAUUGAACCAAGGGCUCCAGAGUGGUAUUUUACCCAGAAGAUCGAUUAUUUGAAAGAUAAAGUUCACCCUUCAUUUGCGAAAGAUCGUAGGGCCAUGAAGAGAGAGUAUGAGGAGUUCAAAAUACGUGUCAACGCACUAGUUGCUAAAGCCCAAAAAGUUCCUGAAGAAGGAUGGAUCAUGCAAGAUGGUACACCUUGGCCUGGAAAUAACACUAGGGAUCAUCCAGGCAUGAUUCAGGUUUUCUUGGGUCAAAGUGGAGGUCUUGACAGUGAGGGUAAUGAACUGCCUAGAUUAGUCUAUGUUUCUCGUGAGAAGCGUCCAGGCUUCCAACAUCACAAGAAAGCUGGUGCUAUGAAUGCUCUUGUUCGUGUUUCUGCUGUUCUUACAAAUGGACCUUUCUUGUUGAAUCUUGAUUGUGAUCACUAUGUAAACAACAGCAAGGCUUUGCGAGAAGCAAUGUGCUUUCUGAUGGAUCCCAACCUUGGAAAAUAUGUUUGUUAUGUUCAAUUUCCACAGAGAUUUGAUGGUAUUGAUAGGAGUGAUCGUUAUGCAAAUCGAAACACUGUGUUCUUUGAUAUAAACUUGAGAGGUUUGGAUGGCAUUCAAGGACCAGUUUAUGUGGGUACUGGAUGUGUCUUUAACAGAACAGCUCUGUAUGGUUAUGAGCCUCCUCACAAACCUAAGCACAAAAAACCAGGUCUAUUUUAUUCUUGCUUCGGUAGAUCAAAAAAGAACAGUUCUAAGUCAAGUAAGAAGGGAUCGGACAAAAAGAAGUCUAGUAAGCAUGUUGAUCCUACUGUGCCCAUCUUCAGCUUGGAGGAUAUAGAGGAAGGAGUUGAAGGUGCUGGAUUUGAUGAUGAGAAGUCAUUGUUGAUGUCACAAAUGAGCCUUGAGAAAAGAUUUGGUCAGUCUGCUGUUUUUGUUGCUUCAACGCUUAUGGAGAAUGGUGGUGUCCCUCAGUCUGCUACGCCAGAGACACUUCUCAAAGAGGCAAUUCAUGUGAUUAGUUGUGGAUACGAGGAUAAAGCAGAAUGGGGAAGUGAGAUUGGGUGGAUUUAUGGUUCCGUCACAGAAGAUAUUCUCACAGGAUUCAAGAUGCAUGCCCGUGGUUGGCGUUCAGUUUACUGCAUGCCUCAGAGGCCUGCAUUCAAGGCAGCUCCAAUCAAUCUUUCUGAUCGUCUGAACCAGGUGCUUCGAUGGGCUUUAGGAUCCGUGGAAAUUCUUUUCAGCCGGCAUUGCCCCAUAUGGUAUGGGUAUGGUGGAAGGCUGAAGUGGCUAGAGAGAUUUGCAUAUGUCAAUACAACCAUUUACCCAGUCACUGCCAUUCCUCUCCUUAUCUAUUGUACUUUGCCUGCUGUCUGUCCUACUGGGAAGUUUAUUAUUCCGCAGAUUAGUAACUUUGCCAGCAUAUGGUUUAUAUCCCUCUUUCUUUCAAUCUUUGCCACUGGUAUCCUUGAGAUGCGUUGGAGUGGUGUUGGCAUUGAUGAAUGGUGGAGGAAUGAACAGUUUUGGGUCAUUGGUGGUGUCUCUGCUCAUCUUUUUGCUGUCGUCCAAGGGUUGCUCAAGGUGCUUGCUGGAAUUGAUACCAACUUCACUGUCACAUCCAAGGCAUCAGAUGAGGACGGCGAUUUUGCAGAACUCUACAUGUUCAAAUGGACAACCCUUCUGAUACCACCCACAACUCUCCUCGUUGUAAACUUGGUUGGUGUUGUUGCAGGCAUUUCCUAUGCAAUCAACAGUGGUUACCAGUCUUGGGGUCCCCUCUUUGGAAAGCUAUUCUUUGCCUUCUGGGUGAUCGUUCAUCUCUAUCCUUUCCUCAAAGGUUUGAUGGGUCGCCAAAACCGGACACCUACCAUUGUGGUCGUGUGGUCAAUCCUUCUUGCUUCCAUCUUCUCUUUGUUGUGGGUGCGGAUCGAUCCCUUCACCACCAGAGUUACUGGCCCGGAUGUUGAGCAGUGUGGAAUUAACUGUUAAUAAAUCGCGAGAUCUCGAACAACAACCUCAUUCCAGACAAACCCUUUAGUGAAGCAAGGGGUGGUGGUCUCAGCCAUGUGAUGCUCGUUGGUUUUUUAUUGGCGCAGGCCUUGGCCGUGUACCUUUUUUGUCUGUGAAGUCAUACAUUUUGUGCAGAAAUUAGUAGUAAUAUACACUGUUCCAAAGAUGUGCUAUGAACAGAACGAGUAAAUUUUUUUGGUUAAGCUUUCUUGAAAAGGAGAGAUUGCCCAGAUCUGUUUAUUGUAUUUGUUUUUCUAAGCCCACUUCAUACCCAAAUGAUAGCAAGCACCCUUGUAAUUUAGUGCAUGCGCUAGGCAGUUCAUUUAUUCAGUAAUGUAGUCAUUCAUUUGUUUA